GGUUCCCAGGACCACGCCAGGGAAGAGCCACAGAGAGGGAGGUGUGGUAGUGGGGUGGCAGUGGGGGGGGGGGAGGAAAAUCAAGGCAGGGAAGCCAUGCUUCAAAUUCCAGAGCCCUUUGAAAGAAAACGGCAGAGAAAGGAAGCUUCCCCCUGCUUCGAGCAGCCCCCAGUCCCUUCACAGUAAGCCCUGAGGCCGUAGGAUGGUCUUGAAGGUGGUGGGUGCCCUGGUGCACCCCAAGGUCCCGCUCCCACCCCCACCCCCACUGCCAAGUGCGUGAAUGAAUGAGUUCCUCCCUGCACUGCACUGCACUCCACUACCGUUCCCAAUGGCGUCCAGCACUGCCAGUAACUCAAACCGUAGCACGCCUGCCUGCUCCCCGAUCCUCCGGAAAAGGUCCCGUUCGCCCACCCCGCAGAACCCCGACGGAGACACCAUGGUGGAGAAGGGCUCGGACCACUCCUCGGACAAGUCUCCGUCCACGCCCGAGCAGGGCGUGCAGCGUAGCUGCUCCUCACAAUCGGGCCGCAGUGGGGGCAAAAACUCCAAGAAAAGCCAGAGCUGGUACAAUGUGCUGAGUCCCACAUACAAGCAAAGAAAUGAAGAUUUCAGAAAACUCUUUAAGCAGCUUCCUGACACGGAGCGCCUCAUUGUUGAUUACUCCUGUGCACUCCAAAGAGACAUUCUUCUUCAGGGCCGACUCUACCUCUCCGAAAACUGGAUCUGCUUCUAUAGCAACAUCUUCCGCUGGGAAACUCUGCUGACUGUCCGUUUGAAGGACAUCUGCUCCAUGACGAAAGAGAAAACAGCUCGCCUCAUUCCCAAUGCCAUUCAAGUUUGCACUGAAUCAGAAAAGCACUUUUUCACAUCCUUUGGGGCCCGGGAUCGGACAUACAUGAUGAUGUUCCGGCUCUGGCAGAAUGCGCUCCUUGAGAAGCCACUGUGCCCUAAGGAGCUGUGGCACUUUGUACAUCAGUGCUAUGGCAAUGAGCUGGGCCUUACCAGUGACGAUGAAGACUAUGUGCCCCCCGACGAUGACUUCAACACCAUGGGCUACUGUGAGGAGACGCCUGUGGAGGAGAACGAGGUGAAUGACAGCUCAUCCAAGAGCAGCAUUGAGACCAAGCCAGAUGCCAGCCCGCAGCUGCCCAAGAAAUGUAUCACCAACAGCACCCUGACAUCCACUGGGAGUAGUGAGGCUCCAGUCUCGUUUGAUGGACUGGCCAUGGAAGAGGAGGUGCUGGAUGGAGAUGGUAGCCUGGAGAAGGAACUGGCCCUCGACAGCAUCAUUGGAGAGAAGCUGGAGAUCAUGGCGCCCGUGAACUCUCCGUCCCUGGACUUCAACGACAAUGAGGACCUCCCUACGGAGCUCAGCGACUCCUCUGACACCCAUGAUGAAGGGGAGGUGCAGGCCUUCUACGAGGAUCUGAGUGGCCGACAGUAUGUAAAUGAAGUCUUCAGCUUCAGCGUAGACAAGCUCCAUGACCUCCUGUUCACCGACUCUCCAUUCCAGCGUGACUUCAUGGAGCAGCGGCGUUUCUCUGAUAUCAUCUUCCAUCCCUGGAAGAAGGAGGAGAAUGGGAACCACAGCCGAGUGAUUCUCUAUACCAUCACCCUCACUAACCCACUGGCUCCCAAGAGUGCCACAGUCAGGGAAACGCAGACCAUGUACAAGGCCAGUCAGGAGAGUGAGUGCUACGUGGUGGACGCCGAGGUGCUGACGCAUGACGUUCCCUACCAUGACUACUUCUACACCAUCAACCGCUACACCCUGACUCGCGUGGCUCGAAACAAAAGUCGGCUCAGGGUCUCCACAGAGCUACGCUACAGGAAACAGCCCUGGGGCUUGGUGAAAUCCUUCAUUGAGAAGAACUUCUGGAGUGGACUGGAGGAUUAUUUCCGCCAUUUAGAAAGCGAGUUGACCAAGAUGGAGAGCACAUACCUGGCUGAGAUGCACCGGCAGUCCCCGCAAGAGAAGACCAGCAAGCCCACUGCCGUGCGGAGGAGGAAACGCACCCAUAGCCACCUGCGGGGGCCACACCUGGAGGAGGUGAUGAGCCCUGUGACCACACCCACAGAUGAAGAAGUGGGCCACAGGAUCAAGCACGUGGCAGGCUCCACACAAACCCGGCACAUUCCUGAGGACACCCCCACGGGCUUCCACCUGCACAGCGUGUCUAAGCUACUACUGGUCAUCAGCUGUGUGAUCUGUUUCAGUCUGGUCCUGCUUGUUAUCCUGAACAUGAUGCUUUUCUACAAGCUCUGGAUGCUAGAAUACACCACCCAGACCCUCACUGCCUGGCAGGGUCUGAGGCUCCAGGAAAGGUUACCCCAGUCCCAGACAGAAUGGGCCCAGCUUUUAGAGUCCCAGCAAAAGUACCACGACACUGAGCUCCAGAAAUGGAGGGAGAUAAUCAAAUCCUCGGUGAUGCUUCUCGAUCAGAUGAAGGACUCACUCAUCAACCUCCAGAAUGGCAUCCGGUCCCGGGACCCCACGGCAGAGAGCGAUGACAAGAGGAGCAGUUACCACUGAGCAGGCAGGAGCAGGGAGGCUGCCGCGGCCCGUGCAAUACGUGUACAUAGACCCUAUAAAUAUAUAUAUGAAUAUAUAUAUACAGAAUAUAAAUAUAUAUUAUAUACAGAUUUUAAAACAGAGAGAACGCCUAUGUACCAGGGAGAAGGAGUGGCCCCUCUGCAUGGCUGGCGGCUGGGCCCGCCGCCCUGCAGCCCUGCACCCCCCUCCCCACUCCUCACCCCCAUGUCCAUCCCUCCCUCCCCUGUGCCGGGAACAGCGGCUGAGCCAAAGUCAUGCCCAUGAAGGCCCCAGGUCUUGAAAAGAACCUCUUGGGGCAUUGCUUCAGGUGCUUCACCCCUAUCCCUUCCCCUGGCCUGUCACCCCCCAGUGAAAGAGAAUUACCCUGAUCCCCCUUCUGUGCUCCCCAGUGGGUGUCUUGGGCUCCAGGAAGCCUAAGGCAGGAAACCAGCCUCAGCUCCCCCUACCCUUCCUGUGGGGCAUACCCCCAGGGUUGGGGGAGAUACAGGGGGAGCCAAGGGGCAACAGCCAGGGGAUGGGGCGCCCAAGGUUUUGUGUCUUGAGGUUCAGCUGCCCCAGCACCUUGCUAUGGCUAGGUCCUGUCUGGACCCUGUAAGGGCUGGGGGUGGAAUUAUGCUUCCCUCCCCCCUUCUCUCUGGACUGGCCCCAGGCUGGAUCUGGGCAAAGCCUCCCUUCUUAGUGCCUAAACCCCUGUUGUUCCUCUGCACUCCAGCGUGGGGUGCACUAGCCAGGGUGGAGCAUAUCUGAACUUGCAAAACCUCUUCGUGGUUGGGAGUCAGGUAGGGGAGGUUCUGAGUGUGUUUCUUGGAGCCUGCCUGUUUGAUUCCCAGGAUGAAUCAGGGUUCUCCCUCUCCCCCCCCAACCUCACCCCCGGAUUAGAGAGAGUAAUGCCCUCCUCAGCAUUAUUUGACUUGUGGGAGGGCCUUGCUCGCCCCAGAGGGCUAUGCAGCCAUGGGCAUCAGGCCCUCAGCUAGCCAUUGGCACCUCAUCUCGGUGGAGGGACAGCUGGGUUUCAGACGCCAUCCCCCGUGUAUGCAUGCUCAGGAAGACACCUUCCAAGGCUGAGCGUUUGGUAAAGGUGCGUAGAAGGCCGCAGAAAGCCAAAUCCAAGGAACUGUCCAGGCACCCAGCUGCUGGCUCAGUGCUCCAGACCUGGGCAUGGGCACCAGCAGAGGGAGCCCAGUUCCUGCUUCUUCCAGCCCAGAGAGAUUCGAGAUGACUCAGGAGAAGAAAGAGGGGCAAGAUCUCUCCAGGGCUGCUCAUUGGUGCAUCUUUCCACCCUCUGGAGCUCUUCAAGAUGCAUCUGCCAUCUUCAAACGAUACCCGGAUGGUUCCUGCUCUGCCCAGUGGAGCUGGUGAAGAGUCCCAGGAAGGCCGGGUUGGCAUGGAGACUGCUGCCAUUUUGCUUGAGCUUGUGGGCCUCUCCUGAUGCCAGAGGUGAGGGAAGGAAGCGUCACCACUCAUCUCCUACCCAAGAAGAGCAAGUUGAUUACUUUCUCGGACCAGCCUCUCCCACCAUCUGCCUGAGACCUUGGCCCAGCAAUUCCACUAUCAGGACAGGAGGAGAUGCCUAUGGAUUCACCCGAGAAGACUCUGUGGAUGUGAGGACACAAUUGAAUGUCAGGACUGUUAAUAUGCAGGGGUGCAGGACCCAGUGAGGGGUACCAAGCCGUGUUACUGGGCAGAGCCAAGGAGGAAUGAUGCAAAAUGCUAGAAACAUCCCCAACAUAGUAGCCAAGAGCCAAUAUCAUUCCCAGACCCUUUAGAAAGCAAAACCCAUUUUUAAACUCUUAAUUUAUUCCAUAGGCUUUUAUUUAUUUAAAUUAUUCAUUGAGUAACUGCCUCAUGAUAGGACUUUGGAAUGGCUUAGAAAGGUGCUUUGAGGGGUGAAGGCAUGGGGUCUGAGCCUAUUCACGACUUAGUUCAUCUGUGCUUUGCUAUCGGGACCAUUCAGGGGAGGAGCAGGCGGUCUGUUCAAGGAAACCUGCUUUGGGGCGGUCUGGACCCAGGCAAUAAUGAAUGAGUUCAAAGAGAAGGUACACUUGGGGUCGGUACUGCAGAAUUAUAGAUCUCCCAUGGGCAUGUCUGCCAGCUGUGGGCCCAUUGCUUGGAACGGGAAUCCAGGUACGCCAGAAUCCACAAGAAAUCUGGUUGGGCACUGUCUAACUCUGUGCUUGUUUCUGUUCACAUAACUGGGGGGAGAGAGGAGUCCCUGUGGACUUGACCGUAGAGCUGCUUGGGGUCAGAAUUGGCAGUGUCUCACCAGGACAGCUGUGUCCAGGCUGCAGGCUCCAGCCUCCCACUGGCCUUGGAGCAACUGGUCAGGCCUGCUUCCCUCAACACCUCCUGAAAUGGGAUUGCAGCUAACCAGGGAGCUCAAACAGAAGACACGAGAUUCUGUCUCUAGCAGCAAAACUUAGCCCAGAGCCUGGUGGGGUUCCGGCUCUGUUCCCACUCAAGUUGCUCCCUCCUGAAUUUCCAAUGGGAGGGUUGAGCUAGAGGACCUGUAGGGUAGAUUCCAGUGUUCACUUAGUCUUUGGGGCUGGGCAGGAAAUGGGCAAGAUUUGGAUUUUGACAAUGACCUGGUGCUUAGAUCUAUCCAGUGUUUAGAGAAGUGAAGGGGGGAGUGUUUGAUUCUCAGGGAGGUCAGAUGAGUUCAGGUUUUUAUGGAGGUCUAGUGAGAGAGAAGGAAGGAGAGGGAGGCUCGGGCAUAUUGUCUGGUCAGUAUUAACCUAGAAGAGCCUUUCUAUCUUCUGUGCCUCAUCUGAGUUGGGCAGAGAUCUUUCCUGGGACUCUCGAGGCAAUAGGAAGGGAAAAGAACCAGAAGGCUGGGACAUCUUACACCCUGGACUAUAAAGUCUCUCUCACCAUUCUUCCUUGCCUGAGGAAAUAAAUGGUGGCAGGAGUCUUUGGGUUCAGCCCAGACCUGGUUGGGAUUAAGAUUAAUUUAAUCUGUGCAGCCCAGGUUUACAGCCUUGGGAGAACACACUGAAGAGAAUCAAGAGCUCUCCCGAGGAAAGCGAGGAUAGGAGCAAAGUCUGCAGCUGGGCUGGCUGGACGCCUUCACAGGCAUGACUAGGGGGAAAUGUAGCAGAGCAGAGCAGCUUUUCUGGCUGAUGGUGGCCUCCAAAGGGCCCUUCCCUUGCCAUUCCUCAUUGCUUCUCUAGCUCAGCAGAGCACCUGCCUUCCUCCUAAGAACCCCAGGAGAAAUCAUCCUUUUGUCCUGUCUCCCAGGCAAUGGAGGUGCCCCUCAUCCCCAGACCCUCCCUGUCCCACUCCCUCAGCACCCUUAAGAACUCUUUCAUCUCUCUGGCUCCAGGCCCUGCUGUCUAGGCUCUGGGACAAUCAUCCCAUUCACCCCAGCUGCCUUGACUCUGGGCCCCACGGUUCAACAGGCUGGCCCUACUUCCUUCUACCGCUGGGUUUUCUUCCAAAUGAUGCAUUUUGGGAUCCGGGCGGAGUGUGGUGGUGGUGGUUUGUUCUGGAAGGCCGUCUCUCCACCCCUCUGCUUCCCUGCCACAGGGUAGACAUUUGCACACGGUUAAGAGUGCCCUGUCUCACCUCUCUGCCCACCCUCAUUACCUCACUCCUGCUUCAGCCAUGGCCUCCCUGGGCCCAGCCAGCUCUGGUUGUAUCCAGGCAGCAGCUCAGGGGUCUUGGACUGCUUUCUCUCAUGAUUUAAGACCCUCAGCUGGCCUGGGAUCCUGAACUGGAUGGAGCCUGAGCCUCUUCGAGAAACACCUUUGCCUGCUAAGAGGAACUGCUGCCAGACAAUCUCCCCUACAUGUGACGGCAGAAAAGACGUUGUCUGUCUACCCCUUGCUCGGCAACACUGUGAGACAUUACAGGAGCCAGUAGGGGGAAUCUCAUCUUGAGGUAGGGCCAUGGCCCUGGACUUGGGUGCCCCAUGCCGAGGUCAUAUCACUGAUGCAACCAUUUUGCCAACAAUUGUGUUUCCCCCCAACAUCUCCCAGCCGCACUGUAGGGCCAGACCACUCUCUGCAUGCACACACCAUCUACCCAAACCCAUGGUGCUUACCCCCACACAUGCACUCGACCGAGACCUGUGGGGAAGACUGGACCAGAGGCCAGAGUGGCCCCUAGAGCUUCCUGACACAGGGUAGGGGUGGGAUGAGGCCAAGGGUGGCAGCCCUCACCAUGCACUGGGCCAUCUCUGGGCGGGAACAUGACCCGGCUGCAUUUGAGUGGUCUGACCACCUGUAUUAGGGCCCCUCGCUGUACUUGACCUGGCGCUGGGCGCAAGGGCUGGAAAUGUACUACUAGUUCCUAGAAACAUACCAGGCUUCCCAGCCAAAUCAAUGUCAAAUAGCUAGAAUCCUGGAAGUAAAGUAUGAAUUAAAAGACCAAUUCUUGAAUUACCAA